AUGAGAGUCGCCAGUCGACUCAACCGAUUUCGGGUUCGGUGCGUUCAUCUUGUUUUCUGCGGAAUAAUCUUCUGUGCUAUUUAUAUUGUUUUGUAUCGAGAUCUUGGAAUAAGCUUACCGGCUGCAGAGCUUGACAACAAACCGGUCGAAGUUCCGUUAAGGUUCCGAAUUGCAGAUGGUUGGGUGUGGAAAGACGACAUCGACUAUAGCGGAACAGUUCGAAACAUGAUAAACACCAACGUCAUAGACAAACCAGAAUCUAACCAAUCAAACAACGAAUUACCUCCAUCAGUUGCGCAAGAUACUGGACUGGACUACGGGCAAGGACGGUAUCUUGAAUUGGAAGGUGUGGAAGAUUAUAUCUUGUGGCAAAAGGGAUACAUGGAGCCCACCAAAAAACAAGUCAAUAGAAAAAUCCGUAGCUGUAAGAAGGCAAUCCAGAAUGUUCUUUUCCUCAAGACACACUAUACAGGAAGUGACGUCGUUGCCAAUAUCCUAAAUCGAUUCGCCGAUUUACGGAACCUGCGCAUUGCCCUACCUAGCGGAGGACUGUCGACAUUUUAUUGGCCUUCAAGAUUCCACUGGAAAUAUGUGGACAUCAUGUUAUUGGACGGAACCCUCCCCAGCAUACUUUGCAAUCACGCUCGUUUUAAUGGUGACGUCAUGGAUGAGAUUAUGCAAUCGCAGACAGCUUUCAUUACUAUAUUACGUGACCCGGUGUCUCAUUUUGAGGUGACGUUUCGAAACUUGGAUUUUCAGGAAAUCCUAGAAAUUGGAGAUCAACAAUAUCCUUUUCUGAAAUUUUUGGAAAAUCCUCGAAAAUACAUUGGAAGAGCCAUUCAGCGCAAGAGAUUCAAGGAUUCUCUGAAUCUCAUAAAAAAUGGGAUGUUCUUCGAUCUUGGACUCCGAACCACGGAUUACCACAAACCAGAGAUGGUACGAGACGCCAUAUUAGAUAUUGACGAUAAAUUUACCCUGGUACUUAUCUAUGAAUACUUGGACGAAUCACUGGUGAUGUUGAAGAGAAAAUUAUGCUGGGAAUUAGAUGAUGUUGUAUAUCUUAAGUUUCAUUAUCAACUCCAUGGUGGAAGAACCCACCAGAAUACCAGUGGUAACAUCACUGAACAAAUUUACCGCUGGAACAAUGCAGACACGAUGUUGUAUCAAUUCUUUAACGAGACACUUUGGAACGAGAUCCGUCUCGAAGGAAAAGAGUUCUUCGAGGAACUCCACGAGUUUAGAACUAAACACGAAGAAAUGGAGCAUGAUUGUCUAGGAAAGUCGAUGAAUUUAGCAAAAAUACAGUUGAACCAGGCAGUUUCGUCGCUGAAUCGAUAUCUGUGCGAAAAGAUGCUCUAUCAAGAUAUAGAAUAUUUGCAUUACUUUCGACGAAAGAUGGAAAAUAACAAAAGACGAACACCAACCAACAGUAUUGGCUCGGGGAAUGGGUCUAGUACAAUUCUAACACAAGGAAGUGCAGUAAAACCCCCCUUACAAAGAAACGAGACAGACACAGGUUCUGUUUCAAAACGAUAA